GUAUCUGAUAAAUGACGUUAAAAUGAUGCGACUGUUAAAAUAAACGUGGCUUUGUUUGUGACUUUAACAUUACAUUUUUAAACACAGUAACAUUUAUUUUCAGAAACCCUUGCUACAAUAUAAUCAUGUCCAUGCCUCAGAAGCGUUACUACAGGCAACGAGCCCACUCCAACCCAAUGGCAGACCACACAUUUGAAUAUCCAGUUAGUCCAGAUGAAAUGGAUUGGUCCAGUUUGUACCCUGAAUUCUUAAGCAACGCGUCGGAAAAUGUGACCUCUCAAGUAGAGUUUGUAGACAUUGGCUGCGGAUAUGGUGGCCUGCUAGUGGAGUUAUCCCUGCUCUUCCCUAACCAACUCAUCCUUGGCCUUGAGAUCCGUGUGAAAGUGUCAGACUACGUGCAGGAUCGUAUUCGCUCCCUGCGCGCAUCACAACCAGACAGUUACCAAAACAUUGCCUGUUUACGUAGCAAUGCCAUGAAAUACCUUCCCAACUUCUUCACUAAGGGUCAGCUCAGUAAGAUGUUCUUUCUCUUCCCUGACCCUCACUUCAAGAAGACCAAGCACAAGUGGAGGAUCAUCAGUCCCACUCUACUUGCAGAGUAUGCCUUCACACUGAGAGUUGGGGGUUUGGUGUACACCAAUACUGAUGUGGAGGAGGUGCACCUCUGGAUGGUGAAGCACUUCUCUGAGCAUCCGCUGUUCACACGUGUUCCUGAUGAAGAUCUGGUUGGUGAUGUCAUUAUUAGUCGCCUGGGAACGUGCACAGAAGAGGGCAAGAAGGUACAGAGAAAUGGGGGGAAGAACUAUCUUGCCGUUUUCCGGAGGGUAGAAGAUUGUAACUAAAAAAACCUGCUUAUCACAGAAUCUUUUCAGUUCUGGACAUUUUUAUAUCAACUUGAACAUGGCUCAAGUGGUUUCCAUGCAAGCACUGCAAAUGGAUGACCUACUACAUCUUUUUCAGAACCCAUCGUUCUGUUUCACUUAUUUUAUUUCAUUGAGCUUGUUUGACAUCCAAGUGGACAUUACUUUCUUUGUUUUUGGAUUUGUGGGAUUUGAUCUAUUUUUUUUAAAUUAUUUUUUUACAAUACUUCUGCUAAAAGUUGAUUUUGUAAAUUUUUCUUCACAUAAUUUGAAAUAAAUCACAUAUCUAUUUAACCAAUGCUCAAUUCUGAUUAUAUUAAAUUGAAUAAAUCUCUGGUUCCCGCCCAA